AUGGGCCGCGGCAAAGCAGAAGACGCAGCCAUUGCCGUGAUACGGCUCGCAGCCGCGGGCGGGCGGCCCGGCGCCGCGAAGAGAGGCGCGUCCCUCGGCUACAACGCCCCACGGUCACGGCGCAUGCUGAGCGGCACGAGCCUCGGCCGCCCACAACAGCAGCAGCAGCAGCAGUGCUGUCUCGCACGCGGUCGCACCAGGCUAUCAGCAGCUCUGGGAGCUUCAUCUUGUGUGGAGCGGCGAGCGAGCUACGCAACGGCGACGCACAAUGACAGCGGCAAGAGCAUCGCCGUCGUCGGCGGCGGCCUCACCGGCCUCACGACGGCCUACUACCUCGCCAAGCAGCUGCCCGCGUCGGCCCGCAUCACCCUCUACGAGGGCAGCGACCGCCUGGGCGGCUGGAUCUGGACCGACCGCGUCGAGGUGGACGUCGACGGCACGCGCGGCACCGUCGGCUUCGAGAGGGGUCCGCGGACGCUGUCGUCGCUGCACCUGAGCACCUGGCGCUUCGACGACCUGGUGCUCUACGACCUGGCCCUCGACCUCGGCCUCAAGAUCGAGACGCCGCCCGAUAAGCCGCGCUACAUCUUCUACCCGGACCACCUCGUCACGCUGCCCCCCGCCGCCAGCCUCGCCGAGUUUGUGCGCGAGCCGCUGUUCCUAGAGUCCUUCUGGGCCGGGCUGGGCUUCCUGUUCCGAAGGCUGACGCGCUCGCGCAGCCGCGCCGUGCCGCUCAAGGACAUGUCCAUAUCGGAGUGGCUGCGCGACAUCAGCAUGAGCCGCAGCGUGGGCGACAACAUCGCGUCGGCCAUGGUGCACGGCAUCUACGGCGGCGACAUCGACCUCCUCAGUGCGCGGAGCGUCUUCGACCGCCUCUACUGGGGCUACUACCUACCCAACAUGGGGCCCGGCGUGCGCCAGAUGACGGCCCGCGAGGAGGUGCUCAUGAGCUCGUUCGCGCGCGACCCGCAGAUCUGCAGUAUGGCCCUCAAGCCCAAGGGCUCGCUGCUGCACUUUGGCGGCGCCGGCAUGGAGAGCCUGCCGCUGGCGCUGGCCGACGCUCUUGAGGCGCAGCCCAACGUCGAGAUCAGGAAGGGGAGCCCCGUGAGCAGCAUCUCGUACGACAAGGAGGCGCAAAAGGUCGAGAUCUCCACGGCAAGAGACCAGGAGCAGAACGCCUCCCCCGCUACGUACGACAGGGUCAUCUCCACCGUCUCGUCGCAAGACCUCUCGCGCGCCACGGGCGACAAGCUCCCUAGCCUGGCCGACACGCACUCCGUCUCCAUCUGGACCGUCAACGUGUGGUACCCGCGGACGGACCUCAAGCCCCCCGGCUUCGGGUACUUGAUCCCGCGAUCGGUGCCGCGCGAGCACAAUCCGGAGCGCGCGCUCGGCGUCUUCUUCGACUCGGACGUCGGCGCGGCGGCGCGCCCGGACGAGCCCCCCGGCACCAAGCUCUUCGUCCUCCUCGGCGGGCACUACUACGACUCCGGACCGCCGCCGCCCGAGACCGAGGCCGACGCCAUCGCUCAGGCUAAGGCCCUGCUCGAACGCCACCUCGACAUCCCGGCCUCGACGCCGUGCUUCGCCAUGGCGCGCUUCGCCAAGGAGUGCAUCCCCCAGCACUACGUCGGCCACCACGACCGCAUGAUGCAGGCCGACCAGGAGCUGCGCGACGGGUUUGACGGCCGCCUCGCCGUCGCGGGCGGCUCCUACAGCAAGAUUGGCGCCAUGGGCGCCCUGCGCGCCGGCUACGACGUCGCCACGCAGACGACGGCGGGAGGCGAGGCCGGCAACGAGGCCGGCUGGUUCACCACAGGGCUCGAGCACCUCGAGUUCCCGGAGCCGUUUGUCGGCGUCCCCGUCGGCAAGAUUCCCGUGCGCAGGUUCAAGCAGCUGAAGUGA